GUAACCCCUAGCAGCAUUAUAUCUUACAGCUGCAGCCUGUGUCACAAAAGCAACUGCUACAGAGGAAAGAAGAUGGAGAUCAUUUUGGCUCUCCUGUUUACAGUGGUUCUAGGUUUUGUUGUCAAGCUGAUUUUCUUUCCGUUCAGAAACAGCAAUGAGCCACCUUGUAUCCAUGGCUGCAUCCCUUGGUUCGGAGCUGCCUUCCAAUUUGGGAAAGCUCCUCUGGAAUUCAUCAGACAAGCCCAACUCAAGUAUGGACCAGUAUUCACAGUGUAUAUGUUGGGGAAACGAUACACAUUUGUAACUGAUGGAGAAGGUUUUCAAGCAUUUUGUACAUCUAAAGAUGUGGAUUUUGAGCAGGCAGUGCAACAGUCUGUCCAGCGUACAGCUUCAAUUCCUGAAGAAAUCUUUUACAAGAAUAGGAGCAGGAUAUAUAUCAUGGUGAAGGGAAGACUGGGUACAUCUAAUCUGCGUCAUAUGCCUGGGAGUCUCUGUCAGGAACUUCAGAAACACAUGGAGGAUUUGGGUCAUGAAGGAACGGAGGAGCUCAGAGAUCUGGUAAGGCACAUCAUGUUCCCAUCAACAGUGAACACCCUGUUUGGAAAAGACAUUUUUUUGACCACCAAGGAUAAUGUCAAGGAGUUUGAGGAGCACUAUCAGAACUUUGAUGAUGAUUUUGAAUAUGCUACCCAACUUCCAAAAUAUUUUCUGAAAAAAUGGUCCAAAUCAAAGAAGUGGCUCCUAAAAAGUUUUGAAAAAGUUGUCUUGCAUGCAGAGGAAACUAAUCCUUCAGAUGACUGUUCUAAGACACUAUGGCAACAUGUCCUAGACACUUUGCAAGGAAAGACCUUCAGUGCUAAUUAUGGCCUCUUACUUCUUUGGGCAUCUCAAGCUAAUGCAAUUCCUGUUUCAUUCUGGACACUUGCAUUUAUUCUGUCUCAACCUUCUGUUUACAAAAAAGUCAUGGAUGAACUAGAACCUGUUUAUAGAAAAUCAGGUAAAGAAAACAUCCAGUUAUCUGAAGAUGACCUUAAAAAGUUCCCAUUUAUCAAGUGGUGUAUUUUGGAAACAAUACGAUUAAGGGCACCAGGUGCUAUCAUCAAGAAAGUGAUCGCUCCAAUGACAAUUCAAAAUUUUGUUAUCCCUCCUGGUGACCUGCUGGCCUUGUCUCCAUAUUGGAUUCAUAGAAACCCCAAAUAUUUUCCUGAGCCCAAUACUUUUAAACCAGAUCGUUGGAAAGAAGCAAAUUUAGAGAAAAAUGUUUCCUUGGAAGGUUUUGUGGCAUUUGGAGGAGGAGCACACCAGUGUCCAGGAAGAUGGUUUGCUAUCAUGGAGAUUCAAAUUCUAGUAGCUACGUUGCUUUGCAAAUACAAAUGCCAUCUUUUGGAUCCACUACCAAAGGAGAGCCUUCUCCACUUGGUGGGGACACAGCAGCCUGAGGGACCAUGCAGAAUUCAGUAUAAGUUGAGAACAUGAAGCUGAGCAUUGGUGCCCAUCCCGAUUCCUUAACUGUCAGACUGAGAAUCAGAAUUGGAAGGGACCCCCAGGGGUCAUCUAGCCCUACCCCCGCAAUGCAGGAUGGAUCUGCUCCAUUCCGAUGUGUCCUGCAUUCUCUGUUACCACCUUUGAUCACCAGAGGUUUAAAUAAACCACACAACCCACUUCAAUCCACUUCAAUUGUUUUUAUAGGAUGCCAAUUAUACUUCCAUUUUGGGGCUUGACUAUCCAGAGAACUGCCAACUUCUUUUCAGUAGACACAUUUUAUAGUCAUUGAAAUACCCAGUUAAUUAGAAACCCCUGCAACCAAGCAAGUUAACUGAGGGCAAAUGAUUUCUCUGAGCCAAACAAAGGUGCUAGGAGUUCCUUUUAAAUAUAGGUUGAUUGGUUCUUGUUCUGUAGCUGUGUGAGUGCUGAUAAAGUUAAGAGGGUGUCAAAUGCUGCCAAAAUUUGAAGGGAAAUAUUUGCUUUGUUAGGUGCAAGGCACUGGUAAAUUAGACUACAGCUUCUGUGAGCUGACUGAGUAUGAUCAUUUAGCACAACUAAAUGAAAACAUAUAGUGAACUGUCCCGUGUUUUCUCCUGAACACUGUAUCUUGUAGCGGCAUCACUCACCCAAAUUCUGGAUUGCGUCCAUCUUGGUGAGUGAGUAUUCUUGGAAUGCAGCAUCAUCUUUCCACAUUGUACAGUUGUACCUUGGAAGUCAAAUGGAAUCCAUUCCAGAUGUCCAUUCAACUUUCAA